GAAAGUAGAAUUGAAAUGUUGUAAACACGAACACUGCUACGAGUUGUCAGAAGAAAAUAAUAUAGUUUUUAAUACAUCACUAAAUAAAUUGUGAUACUUUUGAAUAUAUUUUGAUUCGUAAAAUAGUGUGUAUUUAAUACAAUGGAUUAUGAAUUCAAGAUAAAGACAGCGAAUGAACGUGCCAAAGUAGAAGACUUAUUCGACUAUGAAGGUUGCAAAGUCGGCAGGGGAACGUACGGUCAUGUAUAUAAAGCUCGCCGAAAAGAUGGGUCGGAUACAAAAGAUUAUGCGUUGAAACAAAUCGAAGGGACAGGUUUGUCCAUGUCAGCCUGCAGAGAAAUAGCUUUACUCAGAGAGUUAAAACAUUCCAAUGUUAUUACUCUAAUAAGAGUUUUUCUAUCCCAUAAUGAUCGUAAAGUCUGGCUUUUGUUUGAUUAUGCAGAACAUGAUCUAUGGCACAUAAUAAAAUUUCAUAGAGCUGCUAAAGCCAACAAAAAGCCUGUAAUGGUGCCUAAAGGUAUGGUAAAAUCAUUGCUGUAUCAAAUUCUUGAUGGUAUCCACUACCUUCACUCAAACUGGGUUCUCCAUAGAGACUUGAAACCAGCCAACAUACUUGUAAUGGGAGAAGGUCCUGAAAGAGGUCGUGUUAAAAUUGCUGAUAUGGGCUUUGCACGCCUUUUUAAUGCUCCAUUAAAACCUUUGGCAGAUCUUGAUCCAGUAGUAGUUACAUUUUGGUAUAGAGCUCCUGAAUUGCUGUUGGGGGCUAGACAUUACACUAAAGCCAUAGAUAUCUGGGCAAUAGGCUGCAUAUUUGCUGAACUUUUAACAUCCGAACCUAUAUUUCAUUGCAGACAAGAAGACAUUAAGACUAGUAAUCCAUAUCAUCAUGAUCAGUUAGAUAGAAUAUUUAAUGUAAUGGGUUUUCCAUUAGAAAAAGAUUGGGAAGAUAUUAAGAAGAUGCCAGAACACCCAACACUCUUGAAGGAUUUCAAGCGUGCCAAUUACUCAAAUUGUUCAUUAAUCAAGUACAUGGAUCGGCAUAAAAUUAAACCUGACAGUUGUGCAAUCCCAUAUCCCAAGAGAGAAUUUUUAACUGAUGAUGAUAAUGAAGACAAAUCGGAGAACAAGCAAAGGCAAAAUCAACCUCCAAACGGUAAUCAGGGAGGUCAAGGUGAUCAAGGAAACCACAACAAUCAUCAUGGUCCUAGUGCCAAGAGAGUUAGAAUUGCUCCCAAUCAUCCUGUCAAUACAUCAACAGGAAUGACAUCUCAGCAGCAGCAGCAGCAACAGCAAACAGAAUUCCAUCAUGUUCAGCAGCAACAACAUGUGACACAACAGGGGAUGAUAUAUACUUCCACUGCCAAUACACAAGCGACUCCUAAUUUUGGACAGAGGUUUUAAAUAAGUUUUGAUGAAAUAUUACACUGCCCAAGUUGCAGGCCCUUCAGUGUGUGCCUGAUUAGAGCUUCCAUAUCACUUUUAGACUAAAGACUUGCUAUCAAUUUCGCGGUGAAUGAUUUUUUGAAACCAGUGUGUUUUGUGUCACCGUGACACUGGUGAGCGAAUGUAAAGUGGUGCUUUGCACCUGUGUGUAUCUUAUAUUUGUGCUUUACUUUGUAUUUAUAAGGAUGAACAAAUGAAAUUAAUUUGAUCUUCAAAAGA